CCUCCUCGGUGAGGAUGGCAGUCUGGCCCCCGGGCUUCAUUACCGAGGACCCACCGCAGCCCGAACCGAACCAGGCAGAACAGGCUGGGAUCCAAAGCAGAUUUUUCCUGCAGCGGUUUGGACUCCUGCUGUGAGAAUAACUCAUGAGACGGGGAGACCCCGACGUGGUGAAGACGACGAGCCGUCUGUAGUUGGCGACGCAGAGCGGCCGCAUCCGGAUCCUUGCCAUGCCAGAAGAACUUAAUAAGGACGCGAUGAAAACGCCGGCGAGCGCAGAGAAGCCCAAAGCCGCAGAGCGACCAGCGGCGGCCACGGCCGCGGUGAACAUCCCCCUGGUCAACGAGGUCCAGCUGGCCGCAGCCACCGGCGGCACGGAGCUCUCCUGCUACCGCUGCACCGUGCCGUUCGGCGUGGUGGUCCUCAUCGCCGGCAUCGUGGUCACGGCGGUGGCGUACAGCUUCAACUCGCACGGCUCCACCAUCUCCUACUUCGGGCUGGUGCUGCUAUCGGCCGGACUGGUGCUGCUGGCGUCCAGCGCCGUCUGCUGGAAGGUGAGGCUGGAGCGGAAGAAGGAGAGGCGACGCGAGAGUCAGACUGCCCUGGUCACCAACCGGAGGGGCAUUUUCACCUGAACACAAACCACCCCAGUGUCUCUGGGACGUAACCAGACAUGGCUGCAUUUCUGACCCGUAAAAAGCUCCGACAGCAGGCCUGGGACUGAAGGCUUUGAAGACGUGGUCACGGGGUUCAUUUGUCAAGCUGACGACGAGCAUCUGGAGUGCCGGGAACGCAGCCAGGAGGCAUGCAUCACAAUUAAAAUGAGUUAGCAGCGCGCACAGCGGUGGAGAGGAAGUCUCCCAUUAAAGGCGCUGCCGCAUGUGGCAGCUUUGAUUGCGACAGGAAGGAUUGCGGGGAAGAAAAACACCCAGGAUGGAGGUCGGAAACGGGGAAAUCCAGAAUCAUAUCCAAUCUUACAGGCCUGCUGUGGGAACAAGGCACACGACGCGGCGGAGCGGAGCGGAGGCCAGAUCGGGACUAUUUAACCUCUCAUCUAUGUUCUCCUCAAGCACUUUCAUCCUCCACUUCCUGUUUCAUGAUAAACUUUAUCUGCUAUCAAAUGUAAUACCAUAUAAAGUUUGAACUUGCUUACUUUUGAAACAUUUAAAUGUAAAAUGUUCGUGGUUCGUGUAAGCGAUAUAAAUCUCACAGUUAUUGCAUGUAUAACAAGACGAGUUUGAAUAAAGUCACCGAUACUCCACCAUGGUGCAGGUUCCAGAGCAGACGGCUGGUUGGAUGAAGGCUGAAGGGAAACACUAAA